AUGUCGAGUGCACUGCAAGCGCGUCGCGCCCUGGUCGUCUACGGCUCGGAGACGGGCAACGCGCAGGAUGUGGCUGAGGAGAUGGGAAGGGUCGCUGAGCGGUUGAGAUUCGACACGGAAGUCGCUGAGCUGAACGCCAUCACUCUUAGACAACUGCUUCAGCAUCAUGUGGUCCUGAUCGCCAUUUCCACCACGGGCCAGGGCGAACUACCACCCAACAGUCAGAAGUUUUGGAAAGCUAUCCGAAGUGCUCGACUGCGGCCAGGAUGCUUGCAGCAGAUGAAGUUUGCGUCCUUUGGUCUUGGUGAUACGUCCUAUCCAAAGUACAACUGGGCGCAUCGCAAGCUCUACAAUCGGCUCGUGCAGCUCGGAGCACAGCCAAUAUGCGACCGUGGGGAGUCUGACGAGCAGCAUCCAGAGGGCAUCGAUGGAUCCUUUCUACCAUGGUCAACCAAACUUCGCCAACGUCUCCUCGACUCUUACCCACUCGCUGAUGGUGUCGAGCCGAUACCGGACGAUGUUCUACUAGACCCAAAAUGGCUGCUUGAGACUGUGGACGAUGGUGCAGCAUCCUCACCGAAAACUGAAGCUGCGCCUGUGUUGAACGGAGACGCGCCUGAUAAUCCUCCAUCAGAUCUUCUCGCCAUAUCCGGCGGACUUACUGCAAAGAUUGCAAGUAACGAGAGAGUCACUCCGACGACCCAUUGGCAGGACGUCCGACAUAUCAGCUUUGAAAUUCCAGAGACACAUCGGUACUUCCCAGGCGAUGUGCUCACAAUAUACCCUAAGAACUUUCCAUCCGAUGUAUCGUUGUUUCUCGAAUGUAUGGGUUGGACGUCCACUGCUGACAUACCUCUUCACUUCGUCCCCUCAUCAUCACCGACACUCUCCAACGCCACUCUGCCGAUCCGGAACAUGGAACCAGGUGGUACAAUAACUUUAAGGCAGCUCUUGACCAACCACCUCGACAUCAUCGCCAUACCCCGAAGGUCAUUCUUCGCCCAGCUCGCACACUACACGAGCGACGAGUUUCAUAAAGCAAGAUUACUUGAGUUUACGGACCCUCAAUAUCUCGACGAACUAUAUGACUACACGACACGUCCGCGUCGUAGCAUUUUAGAAGUCUUGCAAGAGUUUGAAUCUGUCAAGAUACCCUGGCAGCGCGUGUGUAGUAUAAUACCCACUCUACGCGGCCGCCAAUUCAGUAUCGCGAGCGCCAUGAACCCUACUGCAGAAAUAGAGAAGAAGACUAAGAUUGAGCUGUUAAUUGCGAUUGUGAAAUACAAGACGGUCAUCAAGAGAAUAAGACAAGGUGUUGCUACACGAUACAUAGCUUCACUCACACCGGGGCAAAAGAUUACAGUCACGCUUUCACGAGGAGGGCUUGGUGUGGGCAAAGAUGAACUUGACAGACCAGUUGUUAUGGUUGGGCCAGGAACAGGUGUAGCUCCCAUGCGUUCGCUGAUAUAUCAACGCAUACAAUGGCGUGAAGAGCACAUAAAACUUCAGAACGGUCACGCACAAGAAGACGGCGAAAUUCCAAAGGACCUACUCUUCUUUGGCUGUCGUAACGCCGAAUCAGACUACUUCUUCAAAGAUGAGUGGGCACAGCUACAAUCCUCUGGCGUACCUCUAGAAGUCUUUGCGGCAUUCUCCCGAGAUCAGCGUCAGAAAGUCUACGUCCAAGAUCUCAUCCGCCAGAAAUCGUCCCUUGUCUUCUCUCAUAUUUUCCAUAAAUCUGGUAUCUUGUACAUUUGUGGCUCGUCGGGCAAAAUGCCCCAGGCGGUACGCGAAGCACUCAUCGAAGCUUUCCAGGAACAUGGUAGCAUGGAUAGAGAAGGUGCAGAGGCGUAUUUAUUGAGUAUGGAAAAGAGCGGAAGGUAUAGACAGGAGACGUGGUAG